UAGAUUUCCAGACCGUCCAUAUAAGGCUCCUUUCGACCUUGUCUCCAAACAUAGCUCUGAGCGUAUAUAUCGGAAGGAGCUGAAGCGCUGCUUAUGUCUCUGGCUCCGGCUACUGCAGCUGCCGCACGAAACAACUAAGUCUAUCUUGGGUCGAGGUCUGAGAAGAAGUCAACGUAAGGAGUUAAAGCGGCUUGGGAGGAUCCUGCUUGGCGUGUGAAUCAAGCUGUAUGCUCGACUAGUACGUCACUAUUGAGUGAUAUAUCCGGGUCAGAUGAUCGUAGCGAUCUAGACCAAGAUGAGGAUGUAGAUGAUGAUGCAGAGGAGGAUGAGGAUGAGGACGAGGGUCAAGGAAGCGGCUACGGAAGCGACAAUGACUAUGCUGACUGGUCGGGAGAAGAUAUUCAUGAUGGUUCCGACGGUUAUUCCUCCACAAUGGAUUCUCCGGGACGACGUACUAUUGCUCCAAUGGAUCCCGCUGCCGACCUUGUCCUACGUCUCGCUUACUACAUGGUAACCGAAGAUUUCGAGGACGGAAGAUCUAGUUCCACCAUGUUCGUCUUCUUCAGCGCCAUCCGGGGACUCUCUGGCACAGACGGGGAAGAAUAUCUCCGCCCGCAUCGAUUCACGCCUAUUCUAUCAAGAUUGAUUUACUGCGUGCGGCUCAUAUUUAUUGAAGCGACACUACCACAAUUCGAACAUUCCUACGUUAACAUUGCAUGUCGACCACGGCACGGUCAGCUAGAAACAUUGAAUGCCGCUCGCCGAGACAGAAUGUGUGAUGGAACAAUGUCACCGAUGGGAGAGUUCUUCAGUCUGCUGGACUAUGGUCGUGCCCUGCGCCGAUCUGAAGGGCCAGUGUACCACUUCUACUGGAGCGAGGAUGGCCAAACACUAUCAUGGGACGGCCAGAAUUAUCUGACGAUAACCCAAUUCCGGAGUCUCGCACAUGAGGCGCUCAGACAAGCUUCAGCCCAUUGUAAGCGCUUGAUGUACGACUGGGAUCCUGGUGAUGUGGACCUUGCGAACGUUCGGGAUCGACUGUCGAACACAACUAAUGGCUACUCUUUCGUGUCUGAUCCAGCCAACGGAUUAGAAGAUGCUUAUUUGGAGCUCUUCAUGAGGGCUUGCGUCUCUCCUGUAGAUGGUUUGCUGCGAAAGCAAGGCAGGGAUCAAAGUUCAUGGGAUGCAAGAGCAGCACGAGCAUACCUGAGCGCGCAUGACGAUUUACUGCGAUGCUUCAUGGUUCUGAUCCAGGUAGAUUGGGGCCAAGCCUGCCGCAUCUCUGAGCUACUGACGCUGGAGUGCUGCAAUACGGCCUCAAGGCUGAGGGGUAUUUGCAACUAUGGAGCGAGACCACGGCCGAAGAUGGUGGUACAAAAAUCCUGGCAUGGGCUGACUUGCUUUGCCCUGACUUUCUUUUGUCCCAACGGCAUUGAAGGUCUUAACGUGCCAUAAUAAACUUAGUUGUAACGUUAACAUCCAAGCCGGGCAUUAGGCCAUCUUUAGAAUGUGAGCUGAAAAACAUGGUGUUAAAUUUUCAGACCGGAGGUCAAGUGUCCCCGACUUCCCCGUCUUGCAUUUGGCGCAUACAUCAGCCUACAUACAGAGGUUGCUGACAUGCAUAUGCCACCCCGAGGUUAUCAUAAUAUCGCUCGGCAACUAGAGAACUCGUUGCCUUUCUCAAGUUGGG